GACAUUUUCGAAGAUCGGCUAGAAGGAAYGAUGUCGUCACRUGUUGUUGUCACUAUCUUCAGCYUAAAACAAUCACAGUCAGAACUUCAGUUGCAUGGUACUGKCUCGUGCAGCAUAGCUAGGGGCGAUYGUUUKMAACUGUUGAGGWCAUCCGUGUCGGAAGAGAUACAACUGGUUAUAGAACCGCGGUGCCGCGGAAGACAGAUGGUGCACGAGUAGAGAAUACAUCACGGGGUCCUCAGCUACGUAGUAYAUUCAUCAACUGCGAAAAGGAAAAGAAACAAAUAAGAUUGAGACGAAUCAAAGAGUGAGUAAGGCAUACAACAUUCGAGAGCGACUGCUGAGGUGAGACAGAUUCGAUUGUUCGCCGAGAUGCGAUUGCAAUGAAAGUCCCGGUAUCGUCAUCAUCGAAUCUUCGUCGACGGAAAAAUCCAGACCCAAAAGUAGUGCUGUUCUUUGAAAUCAAGAGGCGGCGAGUAGUGGUAGCAUCGAUGCUUCUAUUGGCCCUGAMAACCAUGAUUCGAGUGGAGGCCCAAGCCAGAAGUGCGUUUGCGAUUCGGAGUGGUAGCAUCUUUCKCGCGUUCGUUGGGAGUCAAAAUCACCUUGCUUCUGCGUUCAGUGRCAUUCGACAAAGUAUUCAUGGUGGUGCCAAACGAGAGCUUCGAUCGGGUCGAAUUCAAACAACAACUGCCUCGCCGUGUCCAUUGGCUUUCCCACCAACCAAACCAUUKGUUUGCUGCCAAUUCCGGGUGUAUUCGUCGUCGCUUAACGCCCUGCGGAAAAAUGGUGGUGAUGGCGAUUCGAUGCGUUCCGAAACCGAGGAAAGCAUCCCGCUCGUCUUUCUGCACGGAAUCAAGGGAUCUCAYCUCGCCUUUUUGGGAACCAASGGGGAUGUCAAACCCCAGCGAUCCUGGCUUACCCUAGGGGGGUUGCUGAACUUUCCCCCUCGUGACGACCAUGAUCCCGAACGAGACAUUUCCCUACCGCUUUCGUAUACCUUCCAAAAGGCGGACGGCGAUGGCACCAACAUAACGUCUGCWYYAAUCCAAGACAAGGGGAGKCAUUUCGUCGAUGGGACGGUUGAUCACGUGGUCGAGCUGACAGGCAUGCUACCAGGCAAGGGUGGUGCCCUACUGUCCAACACUGGCAAUCUCGAUUUCUUUCCAUUCUAUGGACACGCCACAAAAUUUCUGGAAAAGGUCAACGAUGCCUACAACGCCAAUACCGAUCGAAAUGGAUGUGGAAAUAGAAACGAAAUCGGCAGUGAUACAGACCAAGAGCAGCAAGAUGGGUCAAUUGCAAAAAUCAUGGAACCCCGACCGACCAGGACGUUUUCCUACGACUGGCGAAGGAAUCUUUCUGAGCUGUCCGAGGAAUUCCACGAAUUUUGCGAAACCGAAUUCCCGGGCGGGCGACCGGUCCAGGUUGUGGCGCAUUCGCUUGGGGGGCUCAUUGCCUACACUGCCAUGAAAAAGCAUCCAGAGAAAUACAAACCCGGYGGGGUCUUGGUCGGAGUCCCGUUUGGAACAGGGAUUCAGUAUUUUCAGGACAUGCACAAAGGGUACUUCACCGAGCUUGGAACCUGCCGUCAGUUCUUACCUCCUGUCCAAUUUACCUUUUCGAGCCACUGGAUGUUUUUYCCCCAGAUCCAGGAAGACAUCGGAGACAGCUUUGUCGAUGUAAGCGAAUACUUUAGUAGCGACGGGGAGUCAGACGAUGACACCAUUGCCUUCGAGGCCGAUCGAAGCACCAUAGGAAAGAAGAUUUCCUCUCCUGCAGACGAUGAAGAAAGCAAGUGGAGACCAGCGUCUCCGGGGAAACCAAUUGAGAUUGAUUUUUAUGAUCCUGACGAAUGGGAAAAGAACGAAAUAGGAAUAUUCGAUCCCGCGUACCGGCACAAGAUCGAUCAGGACGACAAGGGAAAGAUAUCGGAGUACAAGCAGCACAUGAAGCUACAAUUGGAGGAGGCCAGGGCUUGGAGAAACACGGUGCUGGCACCCUGGGAAGACRAAAAAGUUGCCAGGAAGAAGAUGCCACCCCUUACGAUAUGUUCCACUAAUUCCAUUCCGACCGUGAACCAAAUUCUUCGACGCAAGCGCAGGGCUCGAGCGACAAGCGACGCAGCAGAGAAGUUUUUCUCGCGGUCCCUGCUUUCGCUGCUCGAAAAAGCCACCAAACAAGAAGGAAAAGUAGCUGAGGCGAAAUCAUUUCCGCGGUCGUUCCUGUCGCUGCUAGAGAAAGCAACRGAAAAGGACAAUCUGAAGAAAGAUAAAAUUCCCGCCUGCCAAUGGGAAUACGAUUACGCGUCAGGAAGAACGGUUCCAGGGGACGGAAGAAUCGAUUACGACAAGUCUUUCCCACCUCUGGGAACAUUAUUCAAAACCGUCGACCUGGGUUCCCUACAUGCGAAACAGUUUUGUUGGGAGGAAUCCGGAGGUGAUCUUGGCAAGGUUUGGAAGGAAGUGAACGAACAACUAAAGGAAUACCAAAGCAGAGAUUCGGCGGAACGAGUAAAGAAAAAGGAUUCAMUGCAUCCUACAGGACGUAGAUGAGUCGGUGGUAUGAAUGCACAGGGAACAUAUUUCUUGGCRAUGAAACCUACAAAUAGACCAUUKAGAUCAAC